UCCACAAGGUCAGACAAAGUCUAUCAAGCAGCAGCUCAGGGACAAGAUGAUGAUGAAUUAACCGAUUUGCUUAAGCCUCCCCUUAGGAGACAGGAAGAGGAUGCGGACUCGGAAGGAACACCAACACCAACCUCCUCUCCCCCGGGCAGUCCUGUCUCGUCCCGAACCAGGAAACAGUCUCUUACAGAAAAAACUCUGGAACCACAGUGGGAAGGACCAUUCCAGGUGCUCCUCACCACUUACACCGCGAUUAAGAUCAGAGAACAGAGUGCCUGGAUUCACCAUACCCGAGUAAAGAAGGCUCCAGAGGCCCCUUGGAAAGUGACCCCUGGGGAUGAUGAACUGAAAUUGAAGUUUACCCGAACAAAAUGAAAAUGUUAGGGUGGCACGCAAGUAUAACCCAGAAAAUUGUUUUUCUCACAGUUAUAAUUGUAACCUUCAGCUGGGAAGUUAUUCAUAAGAGAGAGGACAUAUGGUCCCAAGCCUUUAUGCGGGUUACUGGACUCAUGGGGAGAUAUUCUGAUAUAAAAGAUUUAAACCUGUUGACUGUAGUCAUGCACGGAAACCAAAUGUAUACAAAGCAAGAAUGGAAAAAACAAAGAACUUGGCAGCUCCAAGGGACUGUAGGAGACAAAAUCAAGAUAGGAUGCCGAAUGGUUAACGGGACUACUCAUAGAAAAGCAACCCAAAUCAGUGUCUCAACUACUCCUACAGACAAACACCGUGAGAUCUGUAGUUAUUCAAGUGAAGCAGAUUGUUGGUAUAAUUUUACAUUGGUACAGACUGUGGAAGUGGUUUGUCUUUGGGGCCAAGACAGCAAUGGACUCUCAUUCAAAUUCCAGAUAAAUGCCAUGGCUAGGCCUACUACCCACUCUGACGAUCAGAUCCAAACCCAGGUCACAUUACUUAAGUCUGAGCCAAAAGUUUAUGAGAUUGGCCCUUAUGUAGUGAGGAACACAGGCCAGCAAUUACUGCUGUUUAAUCCAGAAUGGUCUCUUAAGUGUGUAGAACUACUAAUGCAAAUUAACAUUUCUGAAAUCCAACCAGCCUGCUCCCCUUUAAUUCAAACAUCCCUUGAAGGAUGGACAGCCUGGCUACAGAAGCAAACACCCCUCAAAGGCAGAAUGCGGAGAGACCUGACUGGCAUGCUGGGAACAGGACUGGGAGUCAUAAAUGGGAUUGAUUCAGAGAUACUGAUGAACAAACUGGCCACAGCGACCAGUGAUCUGACCAAAUUAAAACAGCCCCUACAAUCCUCCCUCUUAGCAUUAGGAAACAGCCAGUGGCAAGUCUCAAAAAUACUCCCAGACCUAGCAAAACUCAGCAACCUGGACCACGAACUGAUAUUAAACACACUUGGCACAGCUCAAGACAACGUCUCAUUAGCCCUUAGCUGCAUACAAGCUCAAUUAUGGAUGCAGUCCACAGCUUCCUUAAUCAUAAGAGAAGGUAAUGAAGGUGUAUUUCCUAUUGAAAUCCGAGAGGCUGUUUGGAACAAUGCUACUAAAUUAGAAAGAAAGCUCCAAUCCUGGUGGACCUUGGUAAAUUUCACCUAUGACCCAAGGACUAACAUAGCUACUGCCUUCGUGCUUACGAUACGGAAUGCCACAGUUGAUGUAAUUCAUCCUAUUGUUGCAUUGGGACUAAACCAUAAAGGGACAGUUUUUUACCCCUCUGAACACAGAGUAUGGGCUCGGAUAGUAGGAGAAAAAUGGCAAACAGUGAAUUUAGAAUCUUGCAUCACACGGGAACAACAAGGAUUUAUCUGUGAAAGUAAUACACUUGAUGCCAGAGACAUAUGUCUUGAUGCAGAACAAGGCAUUUGUCACUUUGAGAUCCACCCAGACACUUCACCAAAAACUGUACUUGUAUAUAUUGGUCAAGGCUGUGUAUGCUUAAGAACUAUCUGCACUUCUAUGAUAAUAGAUGACAAUGCUAUUAAUAGCUGA